AUGGAGACGUCCGGCGGGGGAUCGGACGUGCAAAGGAGCUCCCCAGAUAGAGGGACCGCCGGCAGUAACGGCGGGGGGUCGUCAUCGAGGAGCUAUGGAAUACAGUUCUUGGCGUCUAAUUUGUUACAGGCCCCUCUCUCUGCUCUGUUGGAGUAUUCAGGUAUCCUACGGCCUCGAUCGGGCUAUUCAGAGAACGAGGGCUUGGCUGGCGGUGGAGCGGUUUCCUCUGGAUUGGGAGAGCGUAUCCUGGGUCGGUCGGAUGGUGGUGUAGCCCCCAGCUCUGGGGGUGGAGAGGUCUCCAUAAGGAUUAUAGGGUCAAGUGAGCAGGAUAACAUAAGGGUGGGUACAGGUCCUCCUCAACAGCUGAUUGUGGGCCCUGGAAGAGAGAGCAGUGUCUUUGAAAAUGGUGUACAGGCAGACCACAGUCCCUUAGAGUCUGAGCAUCACAGUGGUGAUAUAAGGAGUGAGAGAGGGGUAUCAGACGGAGCUUUAUCGUCUAGGGCUCAAUCAACUCCCUCUGGAAGCUCACCAACCACAGAUGGUGAAGCAAGAAACGGCGAUGGAGGGAACAGCAGGGAUUCUGCAUAUCAGAGAUAUGAUGUUCAACAAGCUGCAAGAUGGAUAGAACAGAUUCUUCCAUUCUCCUUGCUUCUAUUGGUGGUAUUUAUCCGGCAGCACUUGCAAGGUAUUUGUUUAACACUGUCCCUUCAUUCUCAGCAUUUGUCUUCCUUGAAAGUUGUCUGCUGAAUUCGUGUUCAAUAAAUUCUUGUAUUCAUGUAGAGUAGAUAAUCAUGAAAAAAGUUGAGUUGGUUUCUUAAACACGGAUGUUUGUGAAUAGUUGAAUUCAGCCUAUGGAAGAUAAUAUCAUCGCGGCCUUUUGGGUGCACCCAUCUUUCCAUUGCAUUCUUGUGAGUUUUAGACAUGCGCGAAAGAACAUUACAUCAGCCCCAUAUUUUCUUUUCUUUUGUGUUGUCCAACAUCCCUCUAGAAUGGACUCCUUGAAAAGAACGAUCGAGGAGAAUGCAUAUUUCUCAUACCUGCAACAUAUGCUUCUGAGUGCUCGCCUUCAUCACGAGAUUAACAUGUAAUUUCACUUUUAUUUUUCGGUGCUCCAAUUCUUAUAACCUACAGUGGUCAUCAUUUUCGGCCUUGUUUCUUGUAGAUUGACAUUAUCGAUAAUUAAUCAACAAACACAUACACUGAUAAAUUGCAAUUUACCCCAACAACUCUAUAAAUGCCUAUACUGUAAUUCUGGGUUCUUUUUGUUGUUUGUGCACCAUUAUAAGCCUCAGGAAAACAACAAAAAAUAGUGAUACUUUUCCAUUGAUAUCUUAGACUGGAGGUUCUUGUUUGUUUUCCCUGUUGAAUUAUUGAAAAUACUGUGAUUGUCUUUAUGGUCUGCAGGGUUUUUUGUCACCAUCUGGAUUGCGGCAGUGAUGUUUAAGUCAAAUGAUAUUCUGAAGAAACAGACGGCCCUGAAGGUGAUGAAAACCUCUAUUACAUUUUUAGAGAUUCUUCUGACUUUAUGAAUCGCCAAGAAGGAAAAUUAUUUAGUGGAUCAUAUUAGGGCAUCUGCUUUCUGGUUCCAUGCCUUUCAGGGAGGUUUUAGGGCACUGAUUACUGUUUGCAUGCACAAGCAUUCCUCAAAGUAGUGGUCUAUUUUUUAUUUUCUACAACAUGGAAGUUUUGAACUAAUAUGGAGCCUUUUUUUUAAUCCUGAUUUAUUUUCCACUUGCAGGGAGAAAGAAAAAUCUCUGUCCUUAUUGGUAUUACUCUUGCUUUCACACUACAUGUGGUUGGAAUCUACUGGUGGUACUGGAAUGAUGGCGUUGUUUACCCACUAGUCAUGCGUCCACCCAAAGUAAUUCCACCAUUUUGGCAUGCAAUAUUUAUUAUCAUGGUGAACGGUACGUGACCUUGACAUUUUCAUAUCUGUCAUUUUUUUAUUUUUAUUUUUUAAUUCCUGAUACCUUUACCUUUCUAGUUGUGAAUUUUGAUGUGGGUUGUAGGUUAGGCGAGUAUAUAAUUAUCCUGUGACGGUUUUUGAACAAAGAUGGGAUUGUGAACAUAAGUAGCCUCAUUCAACAGUGAUAACUUAGACUUAUUUACGGACAUAGAUGCAUUGGUGGGAAUAACUAUAGGUUUUUCUAUAUAACGUUUUAAAACCAAGAUUGGAAGAAGAACACAAUCUUUCUAGAAAUAAUUUGGAAAAGCAUUCUCGUAUUACAGUGAGAUCAUCUGUUCAAAUCUGUGAAAUAUAUAUAAAAAAUCUUCUGAAUUUUCUGAAAAUCAAGAAUAUUUAUUACGUGGUAUCUCACUAUGUCGAAGAACCUUUUUUUAUAUAAAUAUCAGUAUUCGUAGCCCUAAUAUAAAACCCAUGAAUAUUUAUGCAUAUGUUGAUCUGAACUGUUCUUGUUCUCCGUUUCCUUGUCAGAUACAAUGGUGAGGCAGGCAGCAAUGAUUUCCAAGUGCCUGCUUCUCAUGUUUUACAGAAAUGGCAGGGGUCGCAACUAUCGCAGACAGGUGGGUUGCAUUAAUUUUUGGUUUCUGUUGUUAACAAUCAACGCCGUCCUUGAGGUUCUGCCCGCUUUAAGGGAUAUGAUGCAUACGUUUUUUCCUUUUAUUAGGGUCAAAUGCUGACUCUGGUGGAAUAUCUUGUACUACUGUAUCGUGCUUUGCUGCCAACACCCGUUUGGUACAGAUUCUUCUUAAACAAAGAAUAUGGGAGCCUAUUCUCAUCUCUUACCACAGGGCUUUACCUUACUUUCAAGCUGACUUCUGCUGUCGAGAAGGUGCCAUUUUUACUUAUUCGCAUUAAGAUUUAGUCAUUGAUCUCUGAUUUUUUCUGAAAACUAAUUUGUUUUUUUUAAAAAAAUCCUUUUGACAUUUAGGUCCAAUCCUUCUUCACAGCCUUGAAAGCAUUAUCGCACUCUGAAAUUCAUUAUGGGUCAUAUGCGACAGUGGAACAGGUAUAUUGUGAUUUGUUGGGCUUUACACUCUGUAAAAGAUCCUGGAAUAAUUGAGAUUGGCACACAAUUGUGACCAGCAAGCAUCAUCCUGUGACAGCUUAAAUAUUUCACUUCUCUGACGUGACUUCUGUGUGGCAAUGAAACAGGUGGCUGCAGUGGGUGAUCUCUGUGCUAUCUGCCAAGAGAAGAUGCAUUCCCCUAUUCUCCUUCGCUGCAAGCAUAUCUUCUGUGAAGAUUGUGUAUCAGAAUGGUACGUCUGCUUGCUCUCUUCCCCUCUCCCCAAACCUAAAGAAAAUGAAGAAAACCAGUAGCCAUGGCUUUCUUAAUAUGGUAAAUCUCGGAAAAGGAAAACAAAUGGCUUUCCCUCGGUAUGUUAAAUCUGAAUACAGCACAAAUCGAAAAUUUAGGUGUUUGAAUUUAUAUUAUCUAUGGGAGGUAAAGCAUUUACCCAAUGGGAGACUAGAAUAACACAAAACUGCUGAAAACUGAGGGGGGCAUUGACUUCAACGGAGUUCCUCAUUUAGCAAUAUCUCAAAAAGUGGUCAUUAAACCUCCCAUGAUUGCAUGUUCUUGCCUGUUUGGAUUGUGUGAGUGGGAAACCAGGGUCAAAGGCUGGUGGGCCCGUCUCUCAGGAUUGUAUGGUCCACGGCUAGUGAAGUAGAUCAGAGCUAACACUGAUUUUGAUCACCGUUACUAAUCUUAUUGAUUCAUGAUCUCUUAUCAUCUCUCCUUGGAUCCACGGACUCUGAUCCUUAUAACACAUGUGAUCUGAUCACCAUUUCAUAGUACUUUGUUCUCAAUCUAGUUCUCAAAGGAUGGCCAAAAAAACAUUUCAUAGUAAUUUUAAUCAUGCAUAUUUCCUGGAAAUCGAUUAAUUAAUGGUCGUCCCCAGAAGCUCCAAUUCUUCAAUAAAUUCUGAUCUCUUUGUUCCUUGGUGUUUCUUCCUUUGUUCUCCAGGUUCGAGCGGGAGCGGACUUGCCCACUGUGCCGAGCCCUGGUGAAGCCCGUUGACCUCAAAUCGUUCGGCGACGGCUCAACGAGCCUGUUCUUCCAGCUGUUCUGA